UGUGUGUGGGACAUUAUGUAGCUGCGUUGGUGUUGUUAGGCUGUAUUAUCUGUUCGACAGCCUUGGGUUUAUUAUCCAACCAGGCGUUGCCAGAGCAAGCUGAUAAGGAGACAGAGAAGAAAGAGAGAAGAGCUCCAGUUGUUGGGGAAGUGAAAGAAGCAGAGUCUAAGACCAAGAGGACGUCUUCCUGAUCCGGACCGCGCUUCCCUGCUCCGCUGACCCAACUGAGACUGUGCAUGCUGGCUACAAUGUGCAGGCUCUCCAUGAAGAUCGGCUGCUUGUGAGUCCUGUGCCGUUACGCUGUCGCCUUCAUCUCACUUUUGUUGUCAGUCAGAACACCAGGGCAACCGACAUGCAGAACGUACCGGAAGAGUGGAGGGAAAGAGGGAGCCGCGAUGGCGGAGAGGAGAUGGGAAGCAAGCCCUGGGAAGGGGAGCCUCUGCUCCAGAGAGACCGCAGCAGGGGACCCUCGGGGGGAACAGGGCGCAGCUCUGACGAGGGCCAGGAGGAGGAGUCCCUGAUGAUGGAGCUUAGCCCUGUGCAGAAGACGGUGAAGGAGAGCAGCUGGUGGGAGAGGAGGGGCAUCGACUGCGCCAUCCUGGCUGGGGGAUUUCUGUGCCUCCCUCUGGCCUUCAUGAUGUUAGGCUCCUCCCAGGCCCUGUGCUUCACCGGGGGCCUGCUGCUGAUGGGAUUGGCCCACGCUGUCAUCACCAUCAAGGGGACGCACCUGGCGAGCCACGGGGCGCUGAGCGAGUCUCCCGCUUGGGCCGAGUUCUGGGGAGUCUUCUUCAUCGAGGUGUGUGGCUCCUUCACAGCGAGAGCGGGAGUGCAGGCUCACAUCAAGAUGCAUCACGCCCACACCAACAUCGUGGGGCUGGGAGACUCCAGCAUCUGGAAGGUUCCCUCCCUGCCUCGCAGUGUCUACCUCUUCAUCGCCCCCCUGGCAGUGCCCAUCAUCACCCCUCUGGCGGCUCUGGGUGAGCUGAAGAGUUCCUCAGUGUGCCACGCUUUGAAGACGGUGUCGAUGAUAUCCUUGGGGAUGUGCUCCCAGUACUGGCUGCUGGUCCAUGUGUCUGGGUUCCAGUCUCCAUACACCACCCUCCUCUGCAUGCUGCUCUGCAGGGCCAUGUCCUCCAUCCCUUACAUCCACGUCAACAUCUUCCAGCAUAUAGGCCUGCCCAUGUUUUCCCCGACCCGGCGGCCCAAGAGGAUCUACCAGAUGACCCACGGGGUCCUGAACCUUCCACGGAACCCUCUGCUGGACUUGACCUUCGGGCACUCGCUCAUAAACUGUCACGUCGAACACCAUCUCUUCCCCUUCCUCUCCGACAACAUGUGUCUGAAGGUGAAGCCCAUUGUGUCCCGAUACCUGAAGGAGAACGACCUGCCGUACCAAGAGGACACCUACCUCUCACGCCUGCGCCUCUUCUUCCACAAGUACCAGGAGCUGAUGGUGUUCGCUCCACCCAUCACAGAACUGGUGGGGGUACCUUGAUGGUGAGAGGGAGGGAAUAGAAGGGAGGGGAGGGGAGGGAGAUGAAAAUGAAAGGACUGUGGAGAUGGACGUGAAGGAAAAUAAUAUUUCACUCAUAUAUUCUGCUGAUCAGGCAAUAAUCCACUCUGUGAUCUGCUGCACCUAUCACUGUUCUAACUUGCAGUUGGAGCACAAGCUCCAACUGGCAUGUACUGCACAUGGCUGUGCUCUAACAAGUGUAUUACGAUUUACAUUUACAUUUAGUCAUUUAG